CACAUUCAAACCGCGAGAUAAGGAACGUGUGUGGCUGUGUUGUAUUUUUAAAAUUUCCUGUCGUUUCCUGACUGGCGGCAUUCAUUUCAAGACAAGAAAGGCACUGACAAGUCUCCCAAAUGUCUAAAUAAGUGAGGAGAACACAGGAACACACGGACACAUGACGACCGCUGACCAAGACAAACAUCAGUGCAUUGCUUAAUUUCCCCACUCAGGAGCAUCAUGGAAGUGGAGACAGUGGCUGCGGAGAUCAAAUACACCCUCAAGGUACCAAGCCUGUCCAGUUAUAGCGAAGGAAAUGAGUUAUUUACGGAAUUCCCCAUGUCAGUGUGCGGGCUACGGUCAAGAUGGGGAGUGAAGAUCCAGCCUUUCCUCUCCUCUAAACCCAACAAGCCACACCACAUUAACAGCGACAUUGGCAUCACCCUCUCGUGUCUUAGAACCAACAUCACCAACCCGGACAUUGAUAUUUACUGCAGCGUUGUUGGCAGGGGAAAAGAACAUGAGUGUAAGUUGGAAUUAGUGAAAGAGGAGGAGGAGGAUGGAAAAGCCCCACUCAGGCGUACUUGGCAGGGUGUGUUGGUGCCCCGUCUGGCCCUGCACGUGUAUGAUUUGCUGCCCCACGAUCAGCUGACGGCUAUUCUACGCUUUGUCAUCAGAACGGAUGAUGUUUGGGGGAAUAAUGAUCCUUUAGAGGAAUUAAGUGCCCAGAUAGGUAAGCUGAGGAAAGGAAAAUGCCCUGGUGAUGUUAAUAUUUUGACGUCAGAUGGUGUGGCUAUCUCUGUCCACAGUGAUGUCCUCCACGCCCGUUCCAGCUUGCUAAGGGAGAGAAUCCUAGAUAUUCCUGAAGAAAUUACCACACCUAAAACUAAGAAACACCUCCAAAUGAAAGAAAAUGCAUCAGAAAUAGAUUCAGAAACGCCACUAAGCAGCUUCUUCGGAAGUGAUGUGUCAUCUUCAGGCUAUACAAGUAACAAUUCAUCUUCCACAAACUCCACAAGCAUUUCAGAUAAUGUUUCCAGCCCAAACUGCCCUAAAUCAGCUAAUGUUUCCAGCCCAUACCACGCCAAGUCAGUCCACAUUUCCAGUCCGUUUCAUCCCAAGUCACCACUGAGAACUGACAGAGUGACAUCAGCAAGGUCAGGAGCUCGUGUCACUGUCACCUCCCCUGGCCAUCCCCGCACCCCUUCACACCCCACCGGACAGAGGCAUUAUGAUGGUAAAGGCUUCUCAUCUGCAUCAGGAGACAAGAGACCUUACUCCCCAUCCAAGUUCUCCCCCAGCAAGCGUCCAUCGCCUAAGGUUACCCAAGAAUCACCCUGCCGUAGGAUCCUGCAAUGGGAAGAUCAAGUGCCGAGGUCAAGACAAGCAUCGUCAUUCCCUCAGCUCUCCUGCAACUCUGUGAAUUCCUCCACAUCCAGCUCUGCAUUCAGCAAAUCCCCAUUGAAGGAACUGGAGUUGAAUAUCCAGAGGUCGCCUGGUAGAGGUCGCACUGUCAAAGUAAACAUGUCUGCCUCGGUCGCUGAGGCAAUGCUGGAUUGGAUUUACAUGGGUGAAUGCAGUGACCUGGCACAGCUAGCCAAGCCCUUACUGGUGGCAGGAAAGAGGCAUGGUGUGGAGGGGCUAGUGGUGGCGUGUGAACAGCAUCUGGCAGCCACCCUCACCCCGGCCACUGCCCCACACACCCUCCUGCUGGCCCACAAGUACUCAGCUGACUCUCUGUGCUCGGCCACCAUGAAGUAUGCUGUCUCUCAGGCCAAGGAGGUCACAAGUCAGCCGUCCUGGGCCACUGUAGCCAGCCGUUCCCCAGCUCUCAUGACUAAAUUUUCCCGCCUCCUGGCCCUCCAUGCCCACCCUGGCCGCAAGAGAUGAUUGGCUCUUGUCACACCAGCACCUCAACAUCUAUAGACUGCUGGGCAAGGUGAGUGCGUGGCUGAGAAGACACUCCUCUCCUACACAAGUCUGAUACAUCUCUGCUCCCAGGUCAGUGAAUGUGGUGCAUGGGUAGUGUUUGAUGGAUUGGUUGAUUAAUUGAAUGAUGGAUAGAUGGAUUGUAUCAAUAUGUUGGCAUGUGUAGGGAAACAUUAAGAUCUGUAUCAUGUAUCUGUCUUUCCAUUAGUUGUUCUUUGCUGAAACUAUCCUCCUUUAGUGACUUGUAUAUCUGGUUGUGCUCUGUUACUGGUAGCCUAAGCAUUCUGUAUUCUUAUCACUGAAUGACUGGGUAAUUAUUUCCUGUAUUGUAAUGUAUGGGUGCAUAUUGUAUUACUAAGGUUGAGGUUGAUUGCCCAAGUAGUGAUGGCACAGAGUCAAGUGAAUUUCAUGUCUACAAAUGAAACAGAAAAUAAUAUAUGAACUAAUGAAUUGCCUUGCACUAAGAAUUUUGCAAGACCAAAAAAAAACAAGAAAAGAACCAGGGAUGUGAUAAAUGGAGGUAGUUCCUUGUUAGUCCUUUAUUGUGAGAAACAUCUUGUACAGUAUGUCAUCACUGCUUUGGGCAAGUGUACAUAGAUGUGUGCUAUAGUGAAUGGAGGUGCAAGAAUGUCGACUCGGCAUUAUAUCCCGUUGUAUUCUCUCGUGACUUGAAAUUAGCUGCCUUCUACCUCAUGUGAUACUUGGGAUAGUGGCAUCACACUGACUUGUAUUUUUAUAAUGGCCCAUUAAAGCAUUAGGAAAACACUGAGAAAUUGAUCCAAGGAAGGGAGUGGCUGGGAGAUCAAACUUCAGACAGGACAUCCAUAGUAACAUUUAGUCUGGCAUGUUACUGACCAGACUGGAGUCACUAAAAUCCAGGUAGAGUUUGCUUGGUCUUGCCUGUCCUGUCACUACACUGUAUAUUCAAUGGACAAUAGUUGAGAGUAGAGAUAUUCAGCUGUAACUUCCUAUUCAUUGGUCACCUCAUUCAAUUCAGUCAGCCUGUGAGUGUGCAGGUCUAAGCCACACAAAAGUGACAGCUGGUGAAACUUGCUCUGUUGUUCUAUCUGCUUGAAAUGUGAGAGGGAAAGAUGUUGAUAUAUGUGAGUAAUCUUACCUGCUUUCAUUCAAGACUUUCCUGCCUAAGUAUCCUAUUAGCAAAAAAAAAAAUCAGUGUAUUCUUUUACCCUUUCUCUAUGAUAUCCAGCUAUUCACAGAAAUAAAAAAUAAUAA